GGCUCUGAGCCCCAUCGGUCGCACCGCGCUUGCACAUUUUCCGCAUCGAUCGCUCAGCUCAGGUGUACUAAUUUGAUUUUUAUUUGUAUUUACUCUUCCUGUUCCCGUUCGACGACCAACAACCACACCACGCACGCAAAAUGCGUCGCGCAGACGCUCUUACUGUUGCCGUUUGGGCCACUCUUUCGCUGCUGCUAACCAUGGACACGGUGAAGGCGGAGGGUAAAUAUACCAUUGUGGGCCCCGGAACCAUCCAUUCGCAUCGUGACUACAACGUGGCAGUGGCUGUUCAUCAGACCAAGGAACCGGUCACCCUGAAGGUGGGCAUCACAGGACCCUCCUACAACGAAUCGCAGACUGUGGAACUGGCCAAAUCCGAUGAGUUCAAGCAGAUUACCUUUAAGCUGCCGCCUCUGGAGUCCGGCGAAUACAAUCUCACGGCCGAGGGUGUGAAGGGACUGGAGUUCAAGAACUCCACCAAGCUCAACUGGGAGAAUUUCAAGCCGUACAUUAAAAUCCAGACGGACAAGGGAAAGUACAAGCCCGGCGACACGAUCAAUUACCGUGUGAUCUUCCUAAAUGAGAACUUGCUUCCGGAUAUCGCCGCCGAGGAGGUGGUCGUGUGGUUCGAGGACUCUAAGCGCAACCGCAUCAAGCAGGAGAAGCACAUCAAGACCACGGGUGGCGUGUACACCGGCAAGUUUGAGCUCUCCGAGUUCGCCACUCUCGGCUCCUGGUCUCUGCAGGUCCAGAAUGGCGAACAGGAGUCGAAUGAAGGCGGUAUCUAUCGUCCCAGGCCCUUCGGAGGUUUUGGUCACUUCUGGCGUCGCUCCGAUGAACGUGUUAAUUUCGAGGUGGAGAAGUACGUCCUGCCCAAGUACUCGGUCAAAAUGGAUGCCACACAGCAGGUGUCUGUGCGCGAUGGAGAAAUGAACGUGGUCAUAAAGGCAAAUUAUACCUACGGAAAGCCUGUUAAUGGCAAGGUCCUGGUCAAUGUGCACUUGGAUGAGACCAGCGUUUGGGAGAAUGUCGAUGGAAAGACCGUGCGCCAGGAUUUCCCUGGUCACUCGGUAAUUGGCACCGCCGCCAUGGUCAAUGGCAAGGCCAAAUUGGAACUGGACCUCAAGGAGUUCGCAGCCUUCCUGCCGCACAAGACAUCAUCCUCUUAUGCCCAGAUCACGGCCACUGUUGAGGAGGACUUUACCGGUGUUAAGCUCAACGAGACGGGCGGAGUUCAACUGUAUCCCUAUCGCUAUGAGAUGUCCUGCACGGAUUAUUCCACCUGCUUUUCAUUCAAGCCCGACAAGGAGCACGAGAUUAUCUUCAAGAUAACCCUUGUGGAUGGUACACUGCUAACAGAUACCAAGACACCUGUGAAGGCCAAGUUCACCGAGGGAAUCCGACGUAACUACGGCUUCUAUCAAUACGGAAACGAUGAGAAGCAGCCGGAAUUGCCCAAGAUUGAGAAGAAGACAAUUGAGUUCGAGAGUCAUCUGAAUGAAUCCAGUCUGGCUGUCUUCAAGGUGACGCUGCCUGAUCUCCCGGACAUGGAGAAUUACACUCGCUACUAUAGCAUUGAGCUGGAGUUUGCCGAUGAGAAGCGAGAGCUCUACACCACGUAUCCCUACAGGGAGCCGAAGAAGAUUGAGAACCCCGACCCAAGCGAGGAGGAGAAGGAGUGGUUUAAAGCUGAAGUCCAUCGUCCCAAGGAAACGUGGAGCCUGAAAAUCGGGGAGGAAUACCAGGUCACUCUGAACUCCAGUCGCCCGCUCCAUUACUUUGUGUACAACAUAAUCGGACGUGGAGAUAUCCUGGAGACAAAGCGUGUCGAGCUGGCCGAGCCCCAGAAGACCUACAACAUCACCUUGAAGCCUACCUUCCUUACUGCCCCCCACGGCCGGGUGUACUUCUAUUACGUGGAUGAGACUGGCGAAUUCCGCUAUGCCGAGGAGUCAUUCAGCGUUGAGGUUGAGCUGCAGAACAAGAUUGAAAUCAAGGCCCCCGAGGAGGUGAAGCCAGGUGCCGAUGUUGAGCUGGAGAUUAAGACGCCACCAAAGUCCUUCGUAGGACUUCUCGCCGUCGACCAGAGUGUCCUAUUGCUGGGCAACAAUAACGAUUUGAACAAGGACUCCUUCAACUGGCGCCUAAACGGCUACGACACCUCCACUCCCUGGCAGGGUGGCUACUCCUACUUCCCCGGAGAGCGCAGUGGCGUGGUUACGAUGACUAAUGCCUACUUCUUCUACAACCGUACCGCUCCUAUUUCCUAUCCGCAAGCUGCAAGCUUUGGUGGUAGCACUUUCGCUAUGAGGAAAACAGCGGUGGCCCAGGAUGCCGUAUUUCAUACAACCACAUCAGCCCUGGGCGCAGCCGUUCCACAGAGCCUGGGAGCUGCUGCAGAGGCAGGAACCGCAGGAGCUCCAGCAGUUCGCAAAAACUUCGCGGAGACCUGGAUCUUUGCCGACAUCGAGAGUACUGAGGAGGAGGUCUUCAAGUGGGUGAAGACCAUUCCCGACACGAUUACCAAUUGGGUGAUUACCGGCUUCUCCCUGCAUCCUGUGAAGGGAUUGGGUGUCACGAAUGACGCGGUGAAUGUGAAGACUUUCCAGCCCUUCUUCGUUUCCGUUCGUCUGCCCUACUCGGUGAAGCGCGGCGAGGUGAUCAAUGUGCCGGCCCUGGUCUUUAACUAUCUGCCUAAGCAAUUGGAUGUGGAGCUGACGCUGGACAACCAGGACGAUGAGUAUGACUUUGUGGAUGCCUCGAAUGAGGUUAUUGGCGAUCAAAAGCGCACCCAGAACCUUCGAGUGGGUGCCAACGAGGCUGCUGGCGCCUCUUUCCUCAUCCGACCCAAGGUCAUGGGCAAUAUUCUGCUCAAGUUCACAGCCAUCUCGCCGCUGGCCGGUGAUGCUGUGCACAAGGCACUUAAGGUGAUCCCAGAGGGAACUACCCAGUACCAGAACCGCGCCUUUUUCAUCAAUCUCAAGGACACCGGUGAGUUCAAGAAUACCUUUGAGCUGGAAGUGCCGGAGGACAUCGUGAAAGAUUCCGAGCGUGUAGAAUUCGGAAUGGUCGGCGACCUCCUCGGCCCAGUUGUCAAGAAUCUGGAGAACCUGCUGCGACUGCCCAGUGGCUGCGGAGAGCAGACCAUGUCCAAAUUGGUGCCCAACUAUCUGGUCCGGGAUUACCUGAAUAGCAUCAAGAAGCUGACCCCCGCCCUGGAUGCGCGCAUCAAGAGGAAUCUGCAGGAGGGCUACCAGAACAUGCUGCACUACCGUCACGAUGACGGCAGCUUCAGUUCCUUUGGACCCCACAAGUGGAGCGAGACGGAGCCCGAGCGCAACGGUUCCACCUGGCUGACCGCCUAUGUCCUUCGGUCCUUCAGCAGGAUCAAGGAAAUCGUGGAUCUGGAUGAGCAGAUCUUGGAGAAGGGAUACGAGUUCCUCCUGAGCCGUCAGGCGGAGAACGGCAGCUUUACGGAGGCUGGCGAAUACUUCUAUGGCUCCCAGCGAAACCCUCUGACCCUCACGGCCAACUCCCUGCUGGCUCUGCUGGAGGUGCCGAAACCCAAUCAGGAGGCUGUAGAGAAGGCGGUUGCUUAUCUGGCCGCCAACACGGCCGAGUCCGUGGAGCUCUUGCCCAAGAGUAUUGCCAUCUAUGCCCUGCAAAGGGCCAAGUCCCCUGACGCAGCCAAGCAUGUGGCAAACCUGAAGUCCCUGGCCCAGAAGGAAGAUGAUCGCACUUGGUGGACUGAAGAUCUGGAGAAACUGCGUUCUUCCGAUCGCUGCCGUCGCUGGUGGUGCUGGGUGUGGAGUCAAGAUGUAGAGAUCACAUCCUAUGCCCUGCUUUCGCUGCUGGAAUCGGAGCAGGAGACAGCAGACACCGUUCUAAACACAGUCCGCUGGCUGGUGGCCCAGCGUAACAGCUUUGGUGGCUUCGCUUCCAGCCAGGACACUGUUGUUGGUCUCACGGCCCUGAUCAAAUUCGCCGAGAAGUCUGGCUACGAGGCAGCCAAGUGGGAACUGACCGUGUCCAACAAGGGCAAGCACGAGAAAACCGAGAAACUAACCACAUCGGAGGAGAACGAUCUGCUGCUCCAAACCAUCGAGUUCCCCCAGGGCACCAAGUCACUGGAGUUUGAGGCCAAGGGCACAGGCGCUGCUCUUGUCCAGAUCAGCUACCAGUACAAUGUGGUGGAGAAGGAACCGAAGCCCAGUUUCAAGGUUGAGACUGUGGUCAAGCCGGAGACAUCGCCAGCCAAGCUGGAGUUGGCCAUAUGCGUGGACUAUGUGGAGGAGGGCAAGUCGAAGACGUCCAACAUGGCCAUUCUGGAGGUAUCUCUGCCCUCUGGUUACACCGCCGACGAGGACAGUUUCAAGGACAUCCAGGAGAUUGAACGCGUUCGGUUGGUGGAGACCAAGAACGGAGCCUCCGUCGUCGUUGUUUACUUCGAGAAUCUGGCCAAGAACGAAAACAAAUGCAUUCCCAUUGAGGCCUUCAGGACACAUGCAGUGGCUAACCAGAAACCUUCCUCUGUGAUCCUUUACGACUAUUACGAUACCAACAAGAAGGCCACCGAAUAUUAUUCAAUUGACUCAAAGCUGUGCGACAUUUGCGAAGAUGAUGAUUGCAAGAGCAAGUGCUGAAACGAUUAAUAACCAAAACUUUCCCUAUGUACGAACUAUCUUUACUUAUGAACAAGAAAUAAAAAAAAUAUUGUGAUUCUAAUGUAUAUACGUAAA